AACAUUUUCACCCAGUUCAUAUUCGUCCACGUACCCAGCCAGCAUGAACAUGAACAUGGAUCCGAACGCCAUGAGCCCGUGGUUCACGGCUCCCGAGGGCGAAUACCCACCCAUGAACGCACAGGCCGCGCACCCAAACAGCAGCAAUAGCGGCCCAGGUUUCCAUCCGGCGCCGGGCUCGUCCAGUGGCCUUAGCGGUACUGUGGGCUCCAGCGCUAGCUAUUAUGAUGACGAUGGCGACGAAGACGAAUUCGCUAACGAGCCGCCACUCCUGGAAGAGCUGGGUAUCAACUUCGAGCAUAUUUGGGCCAAGACGGUGUCUGUGCUGCUACCGACUAAGCAGAUCAACGAGCACAUUCUGGACGAUGCGGAUCUGGCAGGACCGCUCGUCUUCUGCUUUCUCUUUGGCAUGUGUCUGCUGCUGGUACGGAAUAUAUAUUUAUAUUUUACGGCUCGGACUUAUAUUUUUUUUGCUAUUGUUAUAGGCUGCGAAGGUUCAUUUUGGAUACAUUUACGGCUUCGGAGUUCUGUCAUGUCUGUUCAUGUACUUGCUGAUGAACUUGCUAUCACCUGAGCGAACCAUCGACAUCUACCGCGUGUGCUCUGUGCUGGGCUACUGUUUGCUACCGAUCAUCGGCCUGGCAGCGAUCAACAUUGUGGUGUCGAUCAAGGACCUAGGCAUCGCUGGCUUUUUACUGGCUAGUGUAUGCACACUCUGGAGUACGCACACGGCAUCGCGGUUCUUUGAGAAGGCGCUCUACAUGACGGAGCAGAAAUACCUCGUCAUGUACCCGACUAUGCUGGUGUAUGCGUGCUUUGUGCUGAUCGCCGUGUUCUAAACGUCUUAGCUUGUGUCGCUGUGUGCAACCAAGGCUAACGCAGAUUCAACGUGUAAUUUUUCAUGACCCCAUUUCAUAUUUUUCUUGCUAACUUCACGCAUCCAAGCUUGUUGCUAUUGCUAUCCUACGAAACAGAAGACCACCUGCCAACACAUGCAAGCUCACAAGAAUUGUCGUAAUGGCUCAUUGUCACUCCACUUAAUUGUACGGAUCAAUAUCCCAACAAAGACGUAGAUGUCUGCAGGCAAACACCCUGAAGACAACAAGAACGAAUCUUCGGUUCCACUUUAUCAGCGAGAUAAAAAAAAAUUAUUUCCUGCU